AUGCUUCGAUUUACUUCAUUACCUCGACAUAAUAAAUGGAGUAAAGUGAAAUACAUCAAAGGCCCUAAAGAUGUUGAACGUGGAAAUUUGUUUGCCAAGCUUUCAAAGGAAAUUCAACUUGCUAUAAAAUUAGGAGGAGGUCCCGAUCCUGAGAGUAAUGUUCGUUUAAGUGUUGCAUUAAGCCAAGCUAAGAAACACAGCUUGCCUAAAGAUAAUGUAGAAAACGCGUUUAAAAAGGCAUUAGGUCAAGGAAAAGAAAAUAAUAAUGUUGAAAAUUUAAUUUAUGAAGGAUAUGGACCAGGUGGAAUUGCCUUCAUAAUAGAGACAUUGACAGAUAAUAAACGUAGAACCGUAAGAGAAAUUAAUAGUCUUUUUACUAAGGCUGGAGGAUCGAUUUCGAACGUUUCUUGGAUGUUUGAGAAAAAAGAUGACAUUGAUAAGAUGAUGGAAAAUGCAAUGGAGCUUGAAGAUGUUAAAGACAUACAAGAAUUAGAAGAAGAUAAUGCUUUAGAGAUUACUUGUACACCCUCGUCAGUAAAUUCAAUAUCCGGAGAAUUAAAGAACAAGUUCAAUUAUGAAGUUACAAGUAUGAAUAGUGGAUAUAUUCCUUCAUCUACAAUUACUGUUAGUAAUGAUGACAAGGAAUUAGUAGAUAAGCUUACCAAGUUUAUUAAAUCAUUAAAUGAAAAUGAUGAUGUAAUUACUUUUCAUAAUAAUGCUGAAACAUUUUCUACAUUUUCGCGUAAUUUGACGAGAUUCUCAAUAUUCAAUAUACAUACGAAAAAAUGGAUUUAUAAUAAUAUUAAUAAUUACUGUUCCCCACACAAUUUAGUUAUAAAAUAG